AGUGAAUUUCCAAAGCCUUUUUCGAACCCGACGUCCGCGGAUAUAAUCUCAGGAAAUGCAUUAUCUUCUUGUACGACAUCACCCGCACAUCGUGUAAUCAUAGCUUCCAAAUGGGGACAGUGAUCUCCGAUUGCCGCCCCCCUUUCAUCUUGCUGAAAAAGAGGCAUGUAGAUUGCCUAUUUUCCGCAGUACUCUUCGAUCCAUCGACGUCUGAUUCUUGUGCCGUUAAGAACGGGCGCCUGAACGCGUAUUUCAGACGCCAUCGGUCACCUGAAAUUGCUGAAUUCGAAGCGGGAAUUUUAAAAACAUCCCGACUCAUGUUGCGGUUAGUGCGUUUCAAGGAGUGUAGCUCGAUUUGCGUUUUUCGAUUGUUGAGUUGAAGUGUUUUUGAAAUUUUGGCCAGUUUUUUUUUUGGAAAAAAAGUUCUCGCAACUUUUCCGACGGAAUUGGAAAUAUCAUAAAUAAUUCUAUGGGCACACGAAGAAAUGCUAACGAACCCUGUAUAUUUUGGCUACCGACUCCAAAACUUGAAGAUAUUCAAGUUAAGGUGACAAUUGAAGAAAAUUAGGGGAUAAUGAGUAACACGGAAGUAAAGCACGGUUCAGAUGGAUCGUUCAUAGAUUUCCUUCUGAGAGACAACGCCACCGAAUCGGUUCCUACUAGGGUUCUUCCAAUGAUUAAAUCCCCUCUUCAAAGUGUGCUGGAGGCGGAGUUGGCUAACAACGGUUCGAUGACCUCCUCGACGAAUUUGAGUUCUUUUUAUUUCUAUAAGGCUGAGCAAUUUGCUGUUCUUUGGGUGCUUUUCACGAUGAUUGUUGUUGGAAACUCUGCUGUAUUAGUGGCUUUACUAGUAAGCAAUACUAGAAAGUCAAGAAUGAAUUUCUUCAUCAGACAACUUGCCAUAGCCGACCUAGCUGUUGGUCUAAUAAAUGUUUCAGUGGAUAUCGCAUGGCGGAUCACAAUAGCAUGGUAUGCAGGCAACAUCCUUUGUAAAUUGAUCCGCUUCCUUCAAGCUGUCGUUACUUACUCGUCGACCUACGUCCUAGUGGCCCUUUCUAUUGAUAGAUACGAUGCCAUCACGCAUCCAAUGAACUUCUCCGGAAGCUGGAAAAGAUCAAAGAUGCUCGUUCUUCUGGCAUGGGUGUUGAGUAUGAUCUUCUCAUUGCCAGCUUUAUUUCUAUUUGAGGAGAAGCCAAUAGAAGAUAUUCCUCAAUGUUGGAUUGACCUGAACCCGACGCAAUGGAAAAUUUACAUGACCUCCGUUGCAAUUCUACUGUUUGUCUUUCCUGCCUUGAUCAUUAGCACUUGUUAUGCUGUGAUUGUUUGGACUAUUUGGUCCAAAAGCAAACUCUUAAUUCCUGCGGGACAUUUCCCAAUUAGGCGAAAUGAUCAUAGGGAUAGACAUCUACGUCUAUAUAGAGAUGAACAGGAAUCGAGAAGAGCAAGCUCAAGAGGACUCAUACCGAGAGCAAAAAUAAAAACCGUAAAAAUGACUUUUGUGAUUGUUUUCGUGUUCAUUUUAUGUUGGAGUCCGUACAUUGUUUUUGACCUCCUUCAAGUUUAUGGUUUCAUUCCAAAGACGCAACAUAAUAUUGCCAUCGCGACAUUUAUACAAAGUCUUGCACCACUAAAUUCGGCAGCAAAUCCUGUAAUAUAUUGUCUUUUUUCUACACAUCUAUGUAAAAAUCUUAGAUGCUGUUCAUUAUUAAAACAUUUAAAAUUGAAUCCAUGUAGAAAGUAUCCACCGAUGAACUGGAUUAUGGACUGCAUCUCCAUGUGUUUCCCUGGCGCUCGACAAGGGCACUGCCUCGGCUACAGGAAUGGGGUUUCCAGUGGCACUGUUACAACCACUAUCUCACACUCCAGUAGAAGAUCUGGUUCUGCAACAUCUCUCAGGCACACCCUAAGAUUGCAGCCAACGCUCAAUGAACACAAAGUAACCAUGUCUGUUGUCUAAUCCAAAUGUUUCUUAUGAUUCAAUCACUCAAUAGAGUGAUACAACCAUAUUUUUUUCAUUGGAAAAUUGCAGAAAAAUUCAAAACUUCUUUCAGCAAAUUUUCAAUGAAUCUCUUGUUUGAAAGCAUAUAUUUAAUAACAUUUAUUAUACCUUCCCUUAUUCAAUUCAACAACCUUAUCUGAAGUUCAAACCAGAGUUCCGGUUUCUAUAAUUUGCGUCAAUCAUUACAUGUUUCGGUUUCUAUAUAAACAAUGCAGCGAAUGGCACAUAUGGCGUACCGAAGGGGGGAAAAGGGGGAUAUAUCACCCCUAGGAGUAAUAUCCAUUAUAUGUAACAACCUUAUAUAUCACAAUCUUAUUAUGAGUAAGCAAACUUCUUCAAAAGAAGGAAAAUUUGAUUUUUUUUUCUUUAUUCCCCCCCCCCCAAAGCUCAUGUCUGGGUACGCCACUGAUAUGGCGACUAGUUAAACUGCAAAUCAUGGAUAGAUGGGUUAUAGCAACUGCCACUUUUACAAUGAAAAUAUCAUAACAUGUCUAUGAUAUGAUACUCGUUUGAUUUCCUUUACCAAACAUAAGCAGCAUUCAUCAAGUCUGUUGAUAUAACAAGAAUUAAUAGUUGUAUUUUUGGAAUUCCGUCGAAAAUCAAAUAAAAUAUAUAUGGAUUGAUGUUCAUUAUCCAGAAUAGACUUUUCAAUUAAAAGUUGUUUUUCAUUCCAUAGAAAGACAUAUUCCUCAGUCCUCAACAGAAAAAUCAUAAGUCAUAAAACUGUACAGUUUAAAUGUUGUAAUUUACUGUUUUCUAUAUAGAUAUAUGUGAAAGCCAAACUAAAUUACAGUUACAAUCUUAUUGUCCCAAUUUCCCAUGAAUUUUGUUUACAUAAUAAUGAAUUUUAAUGUCCAUAUUAGUACAGGGUAUUGAGAUAUUGAUAGACAGCAAAUCAUCAUUUUGCUAACAUAAUUUGUGAUAAUUAAAUUAUUCAUGUGAACAAAUAAUUUUAAUA